AUGCUUUCUCAAUACAUUGCCUCGCAGGUCACAGUCAGCCCUGCUGUUGGCCAUGUUGCUACCCAAUUACUGGGACGCUUCCUCGGUCACGGUCUGGUACUUGCCAUUCCUUUAGUCUUCACAUACCUCUUGUAUUCCUCGCUCAACCGAAAAGGCCUGCGGAUGAAGGGUGGAGGUGAACGUAAUAUCAUCAAGUUCCCUACGAGUCUUUCCUUCAUUACGGAUCCACUUGCAUUGGCUUUUGCUACGGAAAGCUUCCUCCGUAGGCUCCAAGACGGGUGUCGCCAGGUUUUCCCUGUGUCUCUGCCCGGUAGAAACCUAAGCAUAGCUCUGCCUGGAGAGGGCACACGAGCAUUGUUCCGACAAUCAAAGGAAUAUGUUCCCGUUCCUGGAUUGUUUGACGCUUUGACAGUUUUCUUCGGGUUGACGGCCAAGGACCAUGCUGUAUUCGAUCACGGACAUGUCACCAGGUUCGAGCUUCACCACAGCGAAGGCCACCGAACCAAUCAUGUAGACCCAUCGCGGAGAAUCAUUGAACAUCAGCGAAGGGAUUUCACUUCAUUUCUCAACGGCGAUAGUCUGAAGGCCAUCAUGAAAAGAUUCGAGAACAACUUCUGCAACGAACUCCAAGGACAACUACUCGAUGCUCCAACUACCCAUAUCCCGGAUCUCUACACCUUCAUCAGGGACUCCAUCUUCAAAGCCGAAGUGAAAGCUCUUUACGGGGAGAUGAUUUUCAAGAUUUGUCCUUCAUUCUGUCAAGAUUUCUGGGAGUUUUAUGAUGCGUUUCCCGUCAUCUCCCGCCAACUCCCAAGGUGGCUGUUUCCGACAAAGUAUCAGAAGAGAGACAAGAUGCUUCAAAAUCUCCACGCGUGGCGCAUUCAAUGCACGGCUAAGCAUGAUUCCUCAGACGAAGGUUAUCUCGACUGUGGGGAGUAUGAACCAGUCUGGGGGACUCUCUAUAUCCGAAGAAUGGUACAACGACACGAAAAGCUUGGAUUUUCGGAUGAAGGAAUUGCUUCAGCUCUCCUGGGUUACCUGUUUGUAACAACCGCAAACACAAUACCAGCGGCAGCAUGGAUGAUUCUGCACACGCUUUCGGACGAGUCGCUCAUGUAUCUCUGGGGAGCGCUCCCCUCCUCAACUCCGUCUAUCGGGAGACACUCAGACUUCAAGUUGCUGGCGCUACAGGCCGUACAUCUCCUCAAACUGGAUUCGGUUCACACCAAGCUGGUACUGUUACGAUGA